CGUUGACCGCCACGGCGUUUUUCACUUUGUUACUUAAAUUUGCUACGAGAUCAAAUUCUAAAUCUCAACAAAUUACUAAAAGUUGGUUGUGAGAUCUUAUGUUGAAUCUCACUUAUACAAAUUUUCUAUCGAUGAGAACUCGUGUUAGGUCUCAAUAAUCGGUAUUUUCUCGUCGGAUUCUAAUUCUACAGUGUUGCCACUUUCAGAUGGUGUUUGUAGCUUGACAAUACCAUAUUUAGUUUUUUUUAUCAAUAUUUUAAAAUCAUUGAUAAUGCAACGUUUGAUACGUUGUUAUUGGUAACUAAACGUAUAAACUUUUUACUUUAUUUAUCUGAUUAUCAAAAUUGAAUGUUUAAUGUGUUUUUGCCGUUAAGGUAACGGAUUUAUGAAGUUUUUUUUAUGUAAUUUGUGACAAAUAAACAAAAUGAAUGACGAGAGUAUAACUGAAAUGUUAGAAUCUUCAUUUGAAUCAUUUGACUAUAGUUCAGACGAUUGUGACAAUGACCCCAAUUGGGAUCAAAAUGCUGAAAACAUGUCUACAAGUAGUACUUCUAGUAAACAAAAUUUCAAUGAUGAUGUCAGACAUGUGAACAUGUCUAUAGAUGAAAUUGAAUUAUCUGGAGUAGAUGCAAUUGCUUACAGUGAUGAAAAUGAUGAUCCAAAUUUUGAUUUGGUAUCUCAUAUAAGUGCUUCAUCUGAUAAUGGUUCUACUACAAAUUAUCCUGGACCAGGACGUCCAAGGAUUCAUCCUAAGGUAAAUGUCAAUGAUCGUCGUCAAUGGAGAGCAGACGACAAUGUUAUUGACGAUUUUAUUUUUGAUGCUGAUAAGACAAAUUCAGGUAUAAAUCCAGAUUUAUUUGACACUCUUAUGCAUGGAUCACCGCUUGAUUUUUAUUUGCUUAUUGUGAAUGAUGAAAUAAUAAAUAAAAUAGUUAUUGAAACAAAUAGAUUCGCUGCACAGCAAAAAGCUUCUAAGAUAAAUUCACCUUUCUCUCGUAUUAAUAAAUGGUUUGAUACAGAUAUAAAAGAAAUAAAACAAUUAUUUGGGCUUUUGAUUUGGACUGGCUUAGUUGUGUUGCCAACAUAUGAACUGUAUUGGAGUUGUUCUGAAAUAUUUGCUACUAAUUUCGGGUCUGUAAUGAGCCGAAAUCGCUUUGAAAUACUAAUGCAAAUGCUACAUUUUUCGGAUAAUGCUAAUGCUGAUACAACAAAUCGCUUACACAAACUCGGUACCGUUAUGGAUGAUAUUAUGUCUAAUUCUAAUUAUUGUAUGCAGCCAGUAGACAAAUUAUGUAUUGAUGAAUCUCUUGUCAAAUUUAUGGGUAGGCUGUCUUUUAAACAAUACAUCAAAAAUAAGAGAGAUAGAUUUGGAAUAAAAGAAUUUAAAUUAUGUAUUCCUCCGUGUUACACAAUUGCUCUGAAAGUUUAUGCUGGAAAAGAAGCUGUUGUUGAUGAAAGUGUUGGGACAAAAAUUGUUAUGACACUAGGAGAUCCUUAUUUUGACUGUGGAAGAACAUUAUAUGUGGACAAUUGGUACUCAAGUGUUGAACUAGCCGAAAAAUUAAAAAUAAGACAAACACAUUUAGUAGGUACAAUAAGAUCAAACAGAAAAUCCAAUCCUAAAGAAGUAAUAAAAAAAAAGUUAAAAAGAGGAGAGUUUGAUUCAAUGAGGAGUGACACAAAUGUUUUAAUAUUAAAAUGGAAGGAUAAAAGAGACUUAUAUAUGAUAUCCACAAAACAUAACAGUGAAAUGGUUGAAGAACGUGUAAGGGGUAAAAUUGUUAAGAAGCCUAAGGUUGUGAUUGACUACAAUAUAGGAAAGACAUCAAUUGAUCUUUCUGAUCAAAUGAGUUCUUACUCAAACCCUCUAAGGCGUAGUUUGAAGUGGUACAGAAAAGUAGCUUUAGAUGGGCUAUUAAAUAUAGCUGUAGUCAAUUCUUUAGUAUUAUUUAAUAAAGUUACAUGUUCAAAUAUGUCGAUAACUAAUUUCCGUACUUCUCUAGUUGAACAAUUAACCAAAAAAGAAAACAUUGUCAUAAAUCCAUCUCUCAAACAUCAACUACAAAAAACAGGUAAAAGCAGAUGUUUCAUGUGUUAUUCACUAAUGUCUUCAGAAAAAGGUAGAAAGUAUGCUCAGUCUCAUAGUACUAAAGUACAGACUAAAUGUCUGGCAUGUGAUAGAUAUUAUUGUAUAUUAUGUUUUAUCAAAGACCACAAAAUCACAAAAUGA